GCUUUUGGCUACAGCAUUGCUUGCAUGACUCAACUGUUGUCACCCUACGUCUUCCUUGCAAACCGUAAUAUCUGUUAUUGCAUCUUUAUUCUGACUAUCGCGUUUCUAGCUAUCACUUUUUAUGUGGUUCUGCGCUCGACACACUGAGUAGCCACUACAUCUGAAUUGUCUAAUAUGUAGUGAAUUUCGCAAUUCUUGCUCGCAGACUACAAGAGCCCCUUUGUAGGGAAUAAAAAGCCAGCAGAACUGUCCCCAUUUUAUGCCCUGGAGUACUUUCCGGGCAUUGUUUCGCCAUUCACUGAAACGCUGGCAGAGAUGGCUAAGAGCGAGGCAGAUUUGGACUCCAUUGAAGCAGAGAAGAAAGCCAAGCAGUUGUUACAGCUGCAAAAAAUUACCCAGCUGCUUCCUGCACCUUGCAAGGCUUUACACGAGCUGCAAGUGUUUGGCACGUAUCCGAAGCAAAUUGUUAAGCCAAAAGACCACGUAGAGGGGAUGACGCAACAGCAGAAAACCUUUUACGAUGCAAAUAUUGCCUGUGAGUCGUUAGCUGAUCUGUGUGUGGCGACCAUGGGCCAGUCAAGCUGUGUCAGGUGGCACAAAGAAAAAAGAUUCCGAAUCAGCAGCACUACUGGGCACACAGUACUUCACGCUCGACGGAGUCCAGAGGAAGUUGCGAGGGCCAUCCUGCAUGCGAGGGCAUUUUCUUCCGAGGCUACGGCAUAUGGUCUUCGCACUGAGCCCCUGGCUCGGAUGGAGUUCGAGCGUCAACAAGGUGUUGAAGUUGUGGAGAUGGGUCUGCUCAUCCACCCCGACCAGCCUUGGCUGUGUGGCAGCCCAGAUGGUAUAUUUUGUUUGGCUGGAAAAACACACCUUCUCGAAAUCAAAUGUCCACACAAGUGCAAACAAAAUGAGAUGUUCAACAGCUCAGGGAAGAGCAUCCUUGAAUACAUUCAGGGGACUUGCAGUGAUCCGAAACUUAAGAAGUCGCACAGAUAUUACACCCAAGUGCAAAUUUUAAUGUACUUGCUGAAUGUAACAAAAUGUUUCUUUUUUGUCUACUCGAAGAAAGAACACCUAACUAUUCAUGUUGGCAGGGAUGACUCCUUUCUGCAAGAGGCGAUACCAGGCCUUGAGAAGUUUUUUUUCAGCUGGCUUCUGCCUGCUGCAGCAAAAUAAAAUGUGUUCAUUGGGA